AUGUUAUCUAGACCUUUUAGAAAACAUGGAGUCAUUCCUUUGGUCACAUAUAUGCAAAUCUACAAGAAGGAUGAUACAGUACACAUUAGGGAAAAGGCUACUGUUCAAAAAGGAAUGACCCACAAAUGUUACUGUGGCAAUACUGGGAAAGUCUACAAAGUUACCCAGCCUGCUGUGUGCAUAGUUGUGGGCAAGAAAGUUAAGGGCAAGAUUCUUGCCAAGAAAAUUAAUGUGCAUGUUAAGCCCAUUAAGCACUCUAAGAGCGGAGACAGCUUCUUGAAACAUGUGAAGAAAAAUGAUCAGAAAAAGAAGGAAGCCAAAGAGAAAGGGGCCUGGGUUCAGCAGAAGCACCAGCCUGUUCCACCCAGAAAAACCAACGGAGCUGGAAUCAAUGGAAAGGAACCUGAGCUGCUGGAACCUGUACCCUAA